GAUCAAGCUCCCUAAGGCUGUUCCAGAACCAUCUCCCGAGCCAAUUGCUAUGGAGACAGAUUUCUUCUUCUCGGGUGAUGUUAUUGCACCACGUGAUUUUCAGACAAGCUUUAUCUGCGUCAUCGUUGUCCCAUCUGUAGUCAUCGUCAUCUUAGUCAUCUUCUUCAGUUAUCUCAUGUUUGCACGCAGGGAAGGAGUUGACAAGCGAGAUCAAAUGACCCCAGAACACCAGUUACUGCAGUUUAAUUCUAUAAGACGUGCUACCACAAAUCUGCGCUACUUAUCAACACGUCGUGACAACCCACAGUGGCCAGCCACAUCUACUCCUGUGCACCCCGCACCGACCCCACCUUCUAGCAGUCGUGCUGACCUGACAUCUGUGACCGACCCAAGGAGCCAAGCCCCACCCCCCUACAAAUUACCUCCCACUUACCACACUGACCCUGGGGAUACCAGUAGAUCACGGUCAUUGAGCCGUCAUACAGAACCAGACCAUGACGUGAGCCACUUUCCAGAAGGUGAAGGUCAUGUAGGAGAGGAGGAGCAACUUGUGCCAACAAACAAUAACAAUACUCACAGAGAAUAGCA